CAAGCAAAAAGCAGAGUCGACGCGACCUUUCCCUUCUUAAAAAGCAUCAUCUCUCCCCCCCUCUCUCUUUAUAUAUGUAAACAGACGCUUGCCUCUUUAAUUUCUCACUUUUUUUUUUUUUCUUUUUCCAAAUUUAAAUUCUAAACAAAACUCGAAAUUCUUUGUUUUAUGGUUUUAUUAUUUCAUUGCUGUUGUGAAUCGGGAUUAUAUUAAUGGCAACCGGAGGAGUGUCAUCAUCAUCAACGCCGUCUCCGGAGAGAGCGGUGGUGAUUGAAUUUCCGAUGAGUGAUGAAAGGAUGUCGUUUAAUAGAACUCCAGCGAGAUUACCUAAAAGGCUUCAAAAAAGGCUAUUAUUAGAAGAAGCUAGGACUCCUUGUACUGUUGAAGAAAUUGAAGCUAAACUUAGACACGCCGAUCUCCGUAGACAGCAAUUCUAUGAGACAUUGUCAAGCAAGGCAAGGGCAAAGCCUAGAAGCCCUUCAAGGUCUUCAUCUUCCCACGAGGAAGACCUUAGCCAGCGUCUUGAAGCCAAGCUUCAAGCUGCAGAGCGAAAAAGGUUGAGCAUUCUGGAAAAGGCUCAGAAGCGGCUAGCUAAGUUGGAUGAGUUGCGCCAGGCAGCAAAAAGUGGGGUAGAAAUGCGAUAUAAGAGGGAAAGAGAGAGGCUUGGCACAAAAGUAGAGAUGCGGGUUCAGCAAGCUGAGGCAAAUAGAAUGCUUAUCCUGAAGGCAAACAGACAAAGAAGGGCUACCCUAAAGGAGAGGAGAUCCCAGUCAUUAAUGCGGCGAAUGGCUCGGGAGAGCAAGUACAAGGAGCGUGUUUGUGCUGCAAUUCAUCAAAAACGUGCAGCUGCUGAGAGAAAGCGAUUGGGAUUUCUGGAGGCAGAAAAGAAAAGGGCUUGUGCCAGAGUGUUGCAAGUCAGGCGAGUGGCUAAUUCUGUCUCUCACCAACGUGAGAUAGAGAGACGGAGAAUGAGGGACCAGUUGGAAAAUCGACUGCAGAGGGCAAAGAGGCAAAGGGCAGAAUAUCUGAGGCAGAGAGGAAGGCAGCAGAAUCCUGUUCGAGUGAAUUGGAAUCGAAUGCACAAGCAGGCUGAUCUCCUUUCCAGAAAAUUGGCAAGCUGCUGGAGGCAGUUUCUUAGGUCGAGGAGAACUACAUUUGACUUGGCAAAGGACUACGAGGCUUUGAACAUAAAUGAGAGCUCUAUUAAGUCAAUGCCAUUUGAGCAGCUGGCUCGUUUGAUUGAAUCUACUGCAACUCUGCAGACUGUCAAAGCGCUGCUUGAUCGACUUGAGAGCCGGUUUAGAGUCUCUAGGCUUGUUGGCAGCAAUCAGUCAGUCAGAUGGGAUAACAUUGAUCACCUUCUGAAAAGAGUAGCCACUCCCAGGAAAAGGACCACUCCGAGGACUUCUGUGAGGAGCAGAGAAGCAAAGAAAGUAGGUGGUAUCAGGGACGCAGCCAGAAGUCCAGUUAAGUUGUUGAGAUAUCCAGUGAGAAUAUUUCUUUGUGCCUACAUGAUUAUGGGUCAUCCUGAUGCUGUUUUCAGCGGUCAAGGAGAGCGUGAGAUUGCUCUGACCAAGUCUGCAGAAGAUUUUAUUCAGCAGUUUGAGUUGUUGAUGAGGAUUAUAUUAGAUGGCCCAAUACAGAGUUCGGAUGAGGAAUCUGAUUCCAUGUCACCAAAACGCUGUACCUUCAGGUCUCAGCUUGUAACUUUUGAUAGAGCAUGGUCCACGUACUUGAAUUGCUUUGUGGUGUGGAAGGUCAAGGAUGCUCAAUCCUUGGAAGAGGACUUGGUGAGAGCUGCUUGCCAACUUGAGCUCUCUAUGAUUCAAAAAUGCAAGCUGACACCAGAAGGGGAUAGUGAUGCUCUUAGUCAUGAUAUGAAAGCCAUUCAAAAACAGGUUACAGAAGAUCAAAAGCUUUUGAGGGAAAAGAUACAACAUCUGAGUGGAGAUGCUGGGAUCGAGCGUAUGGAAUAUGCUCUAAUAGAAACAAGAUCCAAAUAUUUCCAAGCUAAGAAAAAUGGAAGUCCAACAGGGUCACCAGUUGCACAUAUCCUCUCUCCUAGCACAUCUAGCUCCCCUGCUGCUCUUCCUCCUGUUGGUAGUUUAAGUGACGGAAGUCAUGUGAUUGAGGAUAUUGAGAAGCCGAGCCGAGUAGUGCGCUCCUUGUUUAGAGAAAAUGUUGCUUCCUCAUCCAAAGGAGUUAGUUCUCCUGCAGCUAUUAAUGGAAGCCAUUAUGAUGGUCAGAUGGGUGCUUCUGUUGAAAGGCAGAUAACAGAGAAUGAAUUGAUUAUAAAUGAAUUUCUCCAUGAGCAGCAUCUUAGCUUUGUUGAUAGCUUCAAUGCUGAUGAAGAAAACAGCAUCAAGGCAAAGAUAAGAAAAACUAUGGUGGAGGCUUUUUGGGAUGGUAUUAUGGAAUCUAUCAAGCAGGAUGAACCCAGCUAUGAGCGGGUGGUUGAGCUUGUGAGGGAGGUGAGAGAUGAAAUUAGUGAGAUGGCUCCAGAAAGCUGGAAACAGGAGAUAGCUGAAGCUAUUGAUUUGGACAUUCUCUCUGUGGUGCUAAAGUCGGGCGUGCUGGACAUUGAUUAUCUUGGAAAGAUUCUGGAUUUUGCAUUGGGUACUUUGGAAAAGCUCUCUUCUCCAGCCCAUGAGGAUGAUCUGAAAGUCACACAUCAGGAAUUAUUGAAACAGUUAGCUAAGAUGUGUAUGAACCAAGAUGAGUCCAUGCAUUCACAUGCCAUUGCAAUGAUCAAGGGUCUGCGCUUUGUACUCGAGCAGAUUCAGGCUCUGAAGCAAGAGAUAAGCAAAGCACGUAUAAGAAUGAUGGAGCCUUUGUUGAAGGGACCUGCUGGUAUAGAUUACCUUAGAAAAGCAUUCACUAGCUGUUAUGGAUCUCACUCUGAUGCCUGUACGUCUCUACCAUUGACCCUGCGAUGGCUUUCAUCUGUGAGAAAUUGCAAAGAUCAGGAAUGGGAAGAGCAUACCAGUACUCUCUCCACUUUGGGCCUUGAGACUUCAUCUCGAGUGUUUCUUCCUUCCACCACCCUUAAAACUGGUGGAAGCUUUGUGCUUAAAUCAAACGGAAGUGGAGUUGCUCCUACUUCCUCUGCUUCAAAUACUACAGGUACAGGUAGACAAAAACCGCAACCAGAAUGUAAUGGUGAAAAAAUUGAUUUGUUGGUGAGGCUUGGACUGCUGAAGUUAGUUAGUGGGGUUUCUGGUCUGACACAAGAAACUUUGCCUGAGACCUUCAUGCUUAACCUGCUGCGGUUGAGAGCUGCCCAGGCUCAUAUGCAGAAGAUAAUAGUAAUAUCUACCAGCCUUCUUGUUUGCUGGCAAACCCUUUUGAUGGAGCGAGCGGUGUCCAGCAGUGCAGACAUGGAAAGCAUUUUAUCAAAGUUAACCCAGCAUUUGUUGGAGGUCUUGGACCGUUCAGAUGAUGUUGGUAUUGAAGGAAUAGUGGAUAUAAUUAGUAGGUCCUUACAAGAUAUUGACAAGGCAGUAGAUCCUGAGAAACUGCAAUCGAGGCAAUUAAUCAUGGCUAGGAUGUUAGCUAAGAGCUUGCAGGCUGGAGACCCUGUUUUUGAAAAGGUUUCCAAGGCCGUGUAUCUGGCUGCAAGAGGAAUUGUGCUAGGGGGUGGCGGGUCGCGAGGCAGAAAACUAGCGGAAAUGGCACUACGGCAAGUUGGGGCGGUAACCCUGAGGGAAAGGGUGGUGGAAACUGCUGAAGUAUUAGUGGUUGCAGCCACGGUGUCAGUUGCCGUACACGGGCCAUGGUAUGUAAAUUUGGUGGAUAACAUGUAACGUAUUUGUGCACAUAGGUUAAUAUUUAAUAAUACACACCUGUACAUAGUAGUGAGUGUGAUUGUGUCUCUGUAAAGCUGUGUUUUUUUAAGGUGCAGCCAGUUGCAGAUGCGUCUGUCUGUAAAUGGGAAAUUAAUAAUUUGAUUGUAAUGCAGAAUUAUUGUUGCAGUGAUUGUGCUGUAAUUAGAGUUCAUUGAUGUAAUGGGACAAAGAUGUAAAUAAGUAUUUGGACAAAAUCGAAGGCUUUCUUUGUGCUGUAAA